AACCUCUUCUUACACCACUGUAUACCCAUCUCUUUUUCUCCCUCUACCAGUUUUACGAUGCUUUCUCGCAACUUGGGCAUCCUGGCGCUGGCCGCCAGCGCCGGCGCCGUCCUCAUUCCGCCCAACAUGGCGGCUGCCGACCUUGGUGACGAUAACGCCAUGGAGACGCUCGCCUUCAAUCCAUUCAAGCGAACAGUAUCUCUCGAAUGCCCUACCUGCGCCUUCGCAUCGCGAGAGGGCAAUACCUUGUCCUGGACGCAGGAUGCGGGCAACACAUUCCUGCUCGAUUUCGAAGUCGGAGCCCACGAAGACACUCUCAAUAUCGACGGCGUUCAACUAUAUCCCCCGACGUUCGGCUUCUUCACAGAGCCCUUCUUCGUCACACAGAUUGAGCCUCGCUCGGAGGGACUUCGGCUGCGGGUAACGGGCUACACGUUCCACUAUGAUACCGCGGAGACCAUCACCGAGGCUGGCACCGAACUCGUCCCUAUGACCUUCCGAAUUACAUCGAUCGAGGGAAAGCCGGCGGAUCCGCCCGCGCUCACCAUUAACCUGCUGAAGGAUGCCAACGGCCGCCUUAUGAUCGCCUCGUUUGAAACAGCCAAAGCUGUCGAGGCCAGCCCGAUCGAACAAGAGAAGGAGUGCAAGGAGUGGCCUCUCCUGUGCAAAUGGAAGUCUAUCUUGGCUGAUAGGAUCAACGGCAUCAAGUCGUCUAUGGGCAAGGGCUGCCACAAGCACAAGGGCAAUCCGAUGGCUGAGGAAACCACCGAGGGCAAGCCCCCGCAUAGGUUCCGACCGGGCCACCCGCACCACCGACCUCACCACAUGGGUGGUCACCACCAUCCUCACCACCGACUGCAUCGGUUCCUCCGCCGUGCGUUCUUCACCAUUCUCAUCCCAAUCCUCGUUGGCAUUUUCGCCGGGACUCUCACAUAUCUCAUCGGCAUGGCUUUGGGCUGCCUCAUUGCUAUUGUUGUGGCGAAGAUCCGUGGCAGGAGCCCGUAUGAGAGCGUUGCUCAAGAGGAGCAGCCUGAGGAUAUCGAGGAGCGCGGUGACAAGGAGGUUUACGCCGAACUUCCGGAGUAUGACGCUCCUCCUGUGUACGAGGAGGCUGCCGAGAAGGAGGUCGUUGAGGAGUCCAAGUAAAUGGGAGGUUUGAAGCUACACAAGGUGGAGCACGGAGAAAGGCGUUGCAUUGCUUCGAGCCAUGCUCUGGAAAUUCUGGCUCAAGCGAAAGGGUCUAGCGAUUUGGCUAUUGGGAACGGCGACCUGCGGUAGAACCACGCUCCUUCCGACACGGUGGUAUUGGUUUUGGCGCAAUGGAACUCUAUCUGUACGAUACAAAUAACUGCCUCUGCUUCUUUUGCUUUAGCUGUGGUAUCUGCAUUAUGAGAUUGAACCUGUAUCCGCUCAAUGUCUGGUAGCGCUUUUUUACUCCAGUUCGGUUCAGCCCGCUUCUGGCAAUGCAUUGCUGGCCACCUCCCCGUGUGUCCGCGCCAUCUCAUC